AUGUCUAACCGCAAUGCCGUUUUUUCAACAGUCGCAUCUGCUACUAUAAUCCAACCAUCCAUCCCAGUAUUUUCAAACCCAACUAGCGAAACCACGUCGACAUCAACCAUUAAUGCACCCUUGACUAAAUCUGCCGUUCUUUCUUUCAACGCAUCCAGUUCUCAACAGGAAUUUGGAACUGCUAGUAGCACUACAAUAAUUAUUUUGAUAUCACUCAUUAUAGUAGGAUUGGCUGCUGUUAUAUUGGUAAUCUAUGUCAUGUAUAUUCGUGUUUGGCGUGAUCCAGAUCGGCGAGCUGCACUUGAAGGAUAUUUCACUCGACUGGGUUCAAAGCCAUCUACUACACCCAAAGAGCAUCGUAGCAGCCUUAUUCUUUCACAACCCAAAAGUACUGGCUGGAGUCUUGGAACAAUUUUUGGCGCUGGAAACCGCAACACAGAUUUGGAAAGCUCAAGUAUUAUGUGGAAAGAUGAUAGCUACAUGGAUAGGAUGACUGUCGGAUUUAAACUGUCGGACUUGAAAUUUACUUCGCAAGAGUCACCAGCCGUUGUUGCUACUCGACAAAAACCAAAUCUCUCUGUGAAUCCCAACUAUCGUGCAUCUUUUGUCAGUCUUGGAAUUGGUAGCCCAUAUCCAACAAUGGAUCGUAUGCAAGAUAAUCCUCCACUACCACCAUUGUACAGGCCAAAUAACCCAUCCGCGUCAUUUACAGCAUUGUCAAAUAAUUCUGCUCAAGAUACAUCCAAAUUGUCCCUCUUGGAAAAAGCCAUUUAUCAAGCUGAUUCUGUUCUUCUUCCUACAAAACCUAAAGGAGUUGCAUCUCAGUCUAAACAAAAGAAAAGACCUGAAAAUAAGUCGGUCUUUAACGGCAGAUCUGAAAAAGUUGAUGGUACUUCAAGCAACGGAAACUACAAUACAGUCAUGAAGGCUGAUCUAGGCACAGGUGUAUCAGCAAUGCGACGAUCAUUAAUUCCAUUUUCAUCCGUGUUAAAUAUUGACGAUGAGACCGAUGUCGAGAAUCUCAAUACCUGUAAUAAUAAUGGAAAUAUUUUAGACAUGUUAAUGCAGCAAAAUACUAAUGCCACAACCGUUGAUGUACCCACCAAGUCUGGUUCACCUCAAGCACCCGAAAUAAAUCAGCGUGAGCCUGUCGCUAGUGUACGAUUGUCUUCAUUGACAACUCCACACCAUAGACAAGAUCAAGCAUUUGCAAACACGUCAGCAGUGUAUCCAGCACAAGUGACAAAACAAAAAGGUAUCAAAGGAACUCAUCGUGAUCCUUUAUACGACAUUUCUGGUGUAUCUCGCGCUCCAGUAGGUGCCCAAAGACCAACUUUACCGUACUCUACACCUCAUGGUGCUUUGCAGUGGCCCCGAACUCAAUAUACUACAUCAAAUCAGUCUGACACGUAUAUUCCACUUACAGAGAUGCGAUCUGAUAAAGUAUAUCGUCAAGCCAAUAUGAGCACAUCGAGUAUGAAUAUUAGCAAUGCAAAAUCCAUAUCAGUGGAUAUUUCUGGCCGGUUUCCAAGCUUAAAUGAGUUGGGGGAAAGCAGUCGUGAUCAUAACUUGGCGUCUGACAACUUAUCCUUUUUUGCUUCAGAAAAUUUGCCAUUGCCACCACCAGUCAUUAGUAGAGAAGAUGGGUUUUUGCCGUCUUCUUUGACAAGAAGGGGUGGAAACGGGAUGUCAUACAAGGAAUUGCAGCAGUCCACAGUUAUGAAUGGUGAUAUGAGCAACAUUUCUUUCAAAUCAAACAUGUAUGCCGCGCCAAAUAAAAAGCCUGCAAAUAUGCAGAAACUACAUAUGCUAAACAAUCCCAACAUGCAUGCCUUGGCAGUUCCUUCAGCAGACUACAGGGCAUCGUCUAAACUACUCGUACCAUCUGUCAAGAGUUUAGCAGAUCCAUUCAACAGCUCGUUUGUGAUUCAUAAAUCAAAUUCUCAAAUCGACGGUUCAAACAAAAAAAGCGGCCCUGCUCAAUCUUGCAAUCCAUUUGUCGAUCCAGUCACGUCGUUUACAAGGACUCAAAUGUCAAAUAGCUUACCAUCAGAUCCGAUUGACUUGACGCUAACAAUGGUUGAGACUGAAAACCAAGAUCCAGAAGACCAUCCCUUUUUGGUAAAUUCAUUGGGCAACAUGGAUCUAACUGCAUCUUUUGAUCAAAGCGCUCCACUUCAAAGCUUAACUUAUGACACUACUCCACCAGAAAUCUCAGUCAUGGUAGCCGAAUAUGUUGGACAUGGAGCAGAUGGUAGUAAUACUGAUGCUUGGCAUCCUGCCAAUCUACUUGAGCUAUCAUCCAAACAAGUUUUUUCGCAGGCUGAUUACACUCCAGUUCCAAUGUUGCCUAAAACAGAUUCACAUACCAGAUAA